AGCCGGGGGCGGCGAGGGAAAUGCCCGAGGGAGCCUCCCAUGAAGCGGACUCCGGCGUCCGGGGAUCGUUUGCUCUCCCUUGAUCGGCACCAGCCCUCCAGCCGCGAGCAGUUCCCGACGUGCGGGAAGAUGCACCAUGGGCUUUGAGAACAGCACCGGCGCCAGAGCGCUAACGCCGUGGGGGGCGCCUGGUCUUGCUUUCCAGAAGGAGCCAUUUGCUGUUGGAGACCCACAAUCCAUGCAUAACCUCUCUGCUCAGCCCUGGCAGAUGAAGAUGGCCAACCUUACCUAUGACAACUUCACCAAUGGCAACCGAUCUGAAGGGGACAUGCAGCAUCCUUCCAACCAGUACAAAACAGUGGAGCUGGUCUUCAUUGCCACGGUAACCGGCUCACUCAGCCUGGUCACUGUGGUGGGGAACAUCCUGGUCAUGCUGUCCAUCAAAGUGAACCGCCAGCUCCAGACUGUGAACAACUACUUCCUUUUCAGCCUGGCCUGUGCUGACCUGAUCAUCGGGGUCUUCUCCAUGAACCUCUACACGGUGUAUAUCAUCAAAGGCUAUUGGCCGCUGGGGGCCGUGGUGUGUGACCUCUGGCUGGCGCUGGACUAUGUGGUGAGCAACGCCUCUGUCAUGAACUUACUCAUCAUCAGUUUUGACCGAUACUUCUGUGUCACCAAGCCCCUGACCUACCCGGCUCGAAGGACCACUAAAAUGGCAGGGCUGAUGAUUGCAGCGGCUUGGAUAUUGUCCUUUGUUCUCUGGGCACCUGCCAUCUUGUUCUGGCAGUUCAUCGUUGGGAAGAGGACAGUCCCGGAGCGGGAAUGCUACAUCCAGUUCCUAUCUAAUCCAGCUGUGACCUUUGGCACAGCCAUUGCUGCUUUCUACCUCCCGGUGGUCAUCAUGACUGUGCUGUACAUUCACAUCUCGCUGGCCAGCAGGAGCAGAGUGAGGCGGCACAAGCCCGAGGGCAAGAAGGAGAAGAAGACUAAGCCACUCAGCUUCUUUAAGAGCCCACUGAUCAAACAGAACAACAACAACUCUCCCAAGAGGGCGCUGGAGGUGAAGGAGGAGGUGAGGAAUGGUAAAGUGGAGGACCAACCCUUAGCACAGACAGAGGCUGCAGGUCAGCAAGAGGAGAAGGAGACCUCCAAUGAAUCCAGCACAGUCAGCAUCACCCAGACCACAAAAGAGAAACAGGUGGCAGAAAUCUUACCAGCUGGGCAAGGGCAGAGCCCUGCCCACCCACGGGUUAACCCGACCUCCAAGUGGUCCAAGAUUAAGAUUGUCACCAAGCAAACUGGUACUGAAUGCGUCACAGCCAUUGAGAUUGUCCCAGCUAAGACAGCGGCCAACACCCUCUCAAACAAUCGCCCAGCCAAUGUUGCCAGGAAGUUUGCUAGCAUUGCCAGGAGUCAGGUGCGGAAGAAGCGUCAGAUGGCAGCCCGGGAGAAAAAAGUCACCAGAACCAUAUUCGCCAUCCUGCUUGCCUUCAUUCUCACAUGGACUCCUUACAAUGUCAUGGUCCUUAUUAACACCUUCUGCGAGACUUGCGUACCCGAGACAGUGUGGUCUAUUGGGUACUGGCUCUGCUAUGUCAACAGCACCAUCAACCCAGCCUGCUAUGCCCUCUGUAAUGCCACUUUCAAGAAGACCUUUAAGCACCUUCUCAUGUGCCAGUACAGGAACAUUGGCACAGCUAGAUAAGCUGGCACUGAGGGACUGCUUGGCAGGAUUACAAAGACUCAUUCCUUUGCCUCUCCUUUUUGGGGGCUCUCGGCUCCCCACCCACAAGAGAUGCAGACUGUUCAGAGAGUCCACAUGAUGCCCUUCUCCCAGUGCUGAAGAAAAUCCAAAGCAGCUGUAAGAUGCAGCUUUUUUACUUGUUCUCAGCCUGGGGAAUUACCUAAGGAGCCUCAGACAUACAUAAAUCAAAGAGCAGCUCCUCUUCCUACACAAUCCCUGAUUCUGCACUGGAAGAAAACAAGGAAGAGGGAACACCAGAGGAGUAUCCCCACCACCA